GGAAGUACUCGAGCCGGACAAUGCAGCUAUGAAAUAUGCCCUGGAGCAGGCGAGGGAUUGUGGUUUUGAGCUUAUCUACGGACGUUGGCUUAUUGAUGGGUACCCGAAAGUUGUUCUGUUUGAUAUAGGCUCAGCGGCUUGGAAACUAGAUCAGUGGAAGCAUGAGAUGUGGGGAGUAACAAAGGUAGGAGUACCAUGGCAUGACCGCGAGUCGAACGAUUGCAUUAUCCUUGGCUUCAUGGUGGCUAUAUUCUUGCAGAAGUUCGCUGAUGCAAUUGCAUCAACUCAGCCGUUAAUCGUGGCUCACUUUCACGAGUGGCAGUCGGCUGCGGGCCUUAUCAUGAGCAGGUUUGAGCUUACCUUCUUACCGUUUUCCCUUUGA